CGCACCUUCACAACCAGCGCAAGCCUCGCCUGGAAGUCACACAAGAACGCUCUCGCCGAGGUGCACGCCAACGUACCGCCAUACCCAUACGGUCCCGCACGAUGGUUCAAGCAAUCCGACAAGGGCCUCUACGGCGGCCAGCGCAUUCAAUUCGGCAACAACGUAUCACGCAAAACCGAGAUCAAGACACGAAGGAGCUGGUACCCCAACAUCAAGCGCAAGGCUCUCUUUUCCAAGGCUUUGAACCGUCGCAUUCGCGUUCGUGUCAGCACUAGAGUCAUGCGCACAAUUGACAAGGUCGGAGGACUGGACGAGUAUCUGUUGGGCGAGAAGUCGGCACGCAUCAAGACGCUAGGCAUGGAGGGUUGGAGAUUGCGCUGUAUGAUCAUGGCCACAAAGACGGUACAAGACCGCUUGAACUCGCAAAGACGCUCGCUGGGUUUGCCC